ACAUUGGUGAGGCCGUUGUGGUUCUAUAGUUACACUCUGAAGAAGAAGGUGGCCCUCUCCGCUGUGGGAAAUGGCUGACGUUCAGAUUGAUAUUACUUCCAGAAGAAUGAAUAAUGGCAACGAACACGUGAAGCAAGAUCUGGAAAGCCAUGUGAGAAGUGGCAAUGAAGACAGUGGGGACAUAUCUGAAGAAGAAGAAGAAGAGGAGGAGGCAGAAGCUAACGGGGAAAAGAUGGAAACCAAAUGUCGCAGCAGUGGUGGUGGUGGCAAACACAAGAGGAAGAAACACAAACAUCGUAGUAAGCACAAAAAACACAAGCAUGCUUCCGAUGAGGACAAGGAGCGUAAACGCAAACAUCGUCACAAACAUCGGAAACACAAACGCAAAGAGGCCUCCUCGCCCGCUGCUGCCCUCAUCUUUGGCUCCUCGAGCCACCGAAAGAUUGAGAAGAUUGAUUCCUCUCCAUCCUCUGGAAAUCCCAGUUUGGACGACAGGGCCUUGUUGGAGGAUUUGGAGAAACAGAGGGCUAUGAUUAAAGCUGAACUGGAUAGUCAAUUGAUGGAGGGCAAGGUUCAGUCAGGGAUGGGCUUGAUCCUUCAGGGUUAUAAUUCUGGAUCAGAAGAGGAUGCUGAUUCUCGGGUCAGAAAUGGAGAGCAAUGUCAACAAACUGAUGCAGUUAAACCCGUAUCCCCCAAGCGUGUGAAAAGUGGCAAAUCCAGGCGGGACUCAACAGAGGUCAAUAAAUCCAGCUCCAGGCGUUGUAGCAGGAGCAAGUCUCUGGACAAGCCUGCCAAAGAGUCUAAGCAGGAUAAAGUGACCAAAAUCACCAAGGAUGCAGGUGAUAAGGACAGGGGGCGUGAAAGGAGUAGGUCAAAAGAAAGGAAGCAUUUAAGCAGCACUGAUAGGUCCAAGGAGAGAACCAGGAAGUCCAGCUCCCCCUCCACUGGGAGAGGAGAGCAAAAGGCUAGCCGCACUGAGAAACGUUCCUCUCCAAAGCGUGACGACAAACCAAACCAAGAAAGAGCGACCCAGAGAUCUAGGUCACCUGCACGGGAGCGGCCAAGUCGCUCAGAUGCUGACCGCGACAAAAGGCCGGCUAAGUCUCCAUCCAAGGAUGCUUCCUCAGGGAAAGAGAACCGGUCCCCUCAUAGGCGAGGGCCUCACAUCUCCCCGAGGAAACACAGUGCUUCCCCUCGCCACAGAGACAUCCACCUCCCCGCGGCUAGUGCCUCAGACAGGAUGUCAAAACAGAGUCUUUCUCCUUCCAGAACAAGGUCCUCCCCCAGGAGGGGCCGCAGCCGCUCAGCUGACAUGAGGAGGCGAGAUAUUGACAGGCAGGACUCACCGCUCAGGAAACGCCCACGGGCAGACCCAGGGUUAGGCAGAGAGCGGUCACGAGAAAACAGUCCCAGGUCGUCAUCUCGCCGCAGGGUGAGUCGCUCUCCUCUUAGGCGCAGGUCCCCAUCUGCACGACGACGGUCCCGCUCUUCCCCACGCAGACGGAGCAGGUCUCCACUGAGACGCAGGUCUGGAGAGAGAGACAGGUAUGGGAGACCCAGACAGUACAGACGGUCACUGUCUCGUGAUCGAGAUAGGAGGAGGAGACGGAGCAGAGAUGAGGACAAGUUUAAGGGCAGCUUUUCAGAGGGCAUGAAGUUUGAUCAGGAGUCUUCAGAAGAAGAAGUGUUAGACGACUUUGAUGGAGAAGAAAUCGAUGAAGAAGCUCUCAUUGAACAGCGUCGCCAGCAGCGCAUGGCAAUUGUGCAGAAAUACAUGGUUGUAAACGAGGACACCAAUGUGGUGUCAGAGCCCAGCAGCCCCCAGAGUAGCACGCGCAGCCGCUCGCCCUCACCUGACGACAUUUUGGAGCGAGUAGCUGCAGAUGUCAAGGAGUAUGAACGCGAAAACGUCAACACCUUUGAGGCCAACAUCAAAGCCAAGCACAACCUCAUCGCCCAGGAGAAAGAAGGACACAACCCCAAAAAGCCCUCAGCUCCUGAUAUGUUUACAGAGUCUGAUGACAUGUUUGCGGCAUACUUUGAUAGUGCCAGAAUGAGAGCAGCCGGCGUCGGGAAGGACUUCAAAGAGAACCCAAACCUCAGGGACAACUGGACUGAUGCUGAGGGUUACUACCGAGUGAACAUCGGGGAGACGCUGGACAAACGCUAUGACGUUUACGGCUACACGGGCCAGGGUGUGUUCAGCAAUGUGAUUCGAGCCAGGGACACUGCCAGGGCUGGCCAAGAGGUGGCAGUAAAGAUCAUCCGAAACAACGAGCUGAUGCAGAAGACGGGUUUGAAAGAGUUGGAAUUCCUCAAGAAGCUCAACGAUGCCGACCCUGACGACAAGUUCCACUGUCUUCGGCUCUUCAGGCAUUUCUACCACAAGCAGCAUCUCUGCUUGGUGUUUGAGCCGCUCAGUAUGAAUUUGCGAGAGGUGCUGAAGAAAUAUGGUAAAGACGUGGGGCUGCACAUCAAGGCUGUGCGCUCCUACAGUCAGCAGCUCUUCUUGGCCCUCAAGCUGCUGAAGAGAUGCAACAUCCUCCACGCCGACAUCAAGCCGGACAACAUCCUGGUGAACGAGUCAAAAACCAUUUUGAAGCUGUGCGACUUCGGCUCUGCGUCUCAUGUCGCCGAUAAUGACAUCACACCGUACCUGGUCAGCAGAUUCUACAGAGCGCCAGAAAUCAUCAUCGGAAAGCCGUAUGACUACGGGAUUGACAUGUGGUCUGUGGGCUGCACUUUAUACGAGCUGUACACCGGCAAGAUCUUGUUUCCUGGCUCAUCCAACAAUCACAUGAUCAAGUUGGCCAUGGACCUCAAGGGCAAGAUGCCAAACAAGAUGAUCCGUAAAGGCUUGUUCAAAGACCAGCACUUCGAUCAGAACUUGAACUUCCUGUACAUUGAAGUGGACAAAGUGACAGAAAGGGAGAAGGUGACUGUGAUGAGCACCAUCAACCCCACCAAAGACCUGCUGGCAGACAUGAUCGGGGGCCAGCGCCUGCCUGAGGACCAGAGGAAGAAGGUGAUGCAGCUUAAGGACCUGCUGGAUGGAACCCUGAUGCUGGACCCGGCCAAACGUGUCAGCAUCAACCAGGCUCUGCAGCACCCCUUUAUCCAGGAAAAGAUCUGAUGCCCCCAGAGAGCCAACCUCAGACUUCUUCUGGGAAUAUUGUGGAUCUUUGAUCCGUAUUUUGUUUAUGAAUUCAUAAUUGUCAUAUUUGUACAUAGACCAUUCAACUAGUUGUCUUUGAUUUCUGCCAUUAUCAUUGUAAACUUCCCCUCACACCCUGCCAGUGCUGAUAUGGACGUUUUUUUUGUUUGUUUUUUCUAUUUAACAUUGAAGUGACAGAUGUUUAAGAGAAAAAUAUAAUUCCUGUAAAUACUGAACGUCUCAGACAUCAAGUCUCCAGCAAAGGGCAGGUCAGCUUUGUCAUAGCUGCAAAUACCUAAAUGUCAUUUAUUUUUAAACUACCUGGCGUGUUGUGGGGCGAUGCAUGCUUUGUGUGUGCUCCAGACGCCUGGUGCAGGCCCGUGUAAAUGCUCCGUACGUGCAUCAGUGUUCCACAGUGUGCAGUGUCCAGCUCAACAAAGUGCCGCGGCUGCAGAGUCGACACAUUUCUACAGAGGCAACAUUUAAUUUCAGCAAAACCAGAAGUCUGUCCACCCAGCUGGAAAAAUGGUUACCUGUCUCGGCUGGGGAAGUAAAUGUGAGGCGUCUUUGUAAAGUGCUUUGAGCAUCUUCAAGAUGAGGAAGCGCAAUAGAAAUGCAGUCCAUCUUUGUACAGAAUUUUUAUUUUUUAAUAGCGGUUUCUUUUGGUUUCUCCUUCUUUGCUUUGGGGUUGCCACAGCAGAUUCCAUAUGGAUCCACGUGCUGCUUUGGUCCGUUUAGCAUUGGGUGCCCUUCCUGAUGCAAUUCCAGAUGUAAACAGAAUGGGGCACAAGCAGUCUUUAAACUGGGACAUUUUCUGUUUUGGAAGCAAGUGCACAAUCAGCUUGCACCACAGAAACGUUUUAGAAGAUGAUCCUAUUUAAUUUAAAAAUCAAAUUAAUCUCUCAGAACAUAAAGUAGAAGUAUAUCCCCCCCCAUAAAAUGCACACUCGAGAAGCUGAAGUGUCUAGGCUUUUUGCAGGCACGGGACUCCUUGAACAGUAAUUUUACUGAUUCCUUUCAGUGGGGUAGUUUGUCUGUGUCGUUGCAACACUCUGGGUUAACCCGUGGCUCUUCAGGCUCUCAGGUUCAAGUGCCUCCCGUCUGAGCUAGUUAACGAUGGUCACUGCUGUCACACUCUCCUCCCGCUGUUGUAUAUAUCAGUAAUCGUCUUUUCAUGUAUGUUUUUGUUCUUCUCAAUAAGUGGUUUAAAAAAAAGUGAUUUCGGUAUAGAGUAGCUGUGGACACACUGCUGAAAGAAAGGCAACUUUUAGUAAUAAAAUGUUUCAUAUUGUACAUGAAAA